AUGUUGCUUCCUCAAAGAUCGAACUUGGUCAGGUCGCUGGCCACGGAUCUGGACAUCCUGCUGCAGGCGGCGCAGGUCACAGAUGCCAACUGCGGCGGUUGGGGCAGCUCCGCCCAGGCUCAGCGGAUCUCAACGGAUCUCAACGGAUCUCAACUCAACGGGCUGCGGGCGCAACGGGAUGUGGCAUCGGAGCUGGAUGGCCAGGACGUGGUUGUAGACGGCAUCGAUGCCAGCCAAGUGAUGCAGCUCAGCCACUUCGACUACCUCCGCCGCGCCGUGGAGGCUCUGGUGGUGGGCUCCUCCUUGGCGCUGCAGGUCGCCGCCUUUGCCAACCUUGCAGAGUUCAACUGCGCGGUGAAGCAUGCGCCCCGGGUGGCCCUGGUGAGCCUGACAGAGGUUGGCAUCGUCCAAGAUGCCGCCAACGGUGUGCUGACCAAGCUCCUGAACGCGCUGCCGCCGCCCACAGUGCAAGAUGCCUCUGAACCUUUACGGCGCUGCCUCGCGGAGCGCUUGCAGGACCAUGGCGGCGCGACCUUUCCAACCACCUGA